AUGGCGUCCUCAUCCAAUUCCGACGAGACGAGCUACGUCAAGAUGGACGACUCCAAAGACGGCUUCGACGAGACCCUCGUGGGCAAGCACUGCGAAUACGACUACUGCAACCAGCUCGACUUCCUCCCCUUCUUCUGCCAGAGCUGCAAAAAGACCUUCUGCCUCGACCACCGCUCCGAGUCCUCCCACAAAUGCGCCAACGCGGGCGCCUGGGCCGAGCGCCGCCGUCAAGCCGAGCUCGCGAAGCCCGCCUACGGCGCCGGACGCCAGUUGCGCGACCACGUUUCCGAAAAGCCUUGCGCCUCGCCCCCCUGCAAGACCACCAUCGGCACUUCGUUGGUCCCCGGCGUCCACUGCUCGGGCUGCAACCGCGACUACUGCCUCAAGCAUCGCUUGAAAGAGGACCACGAUUGCAAGAACCUUGUGCCGCUUGGCGCCCGACCCGGCUCGCAGAUUGAUGUUGCCGCACGGACGAGAAGCGCAUUUGAUAAGUUGAAAGCAUGGGGAACGGCGAAGAAAGAGCAAGCAGGAAGGGCACUGCCGAAGCCAAAGCCUACGUCGGCAUCGGCACGGCUGAUUGCUGUGAACAACCUGAAGAAGACGGCCAAGGGCGAUGAUAAGCUGGCGCAAGAAAAGAGAGUCUAUCUUUACGUCGAGGCCGAGGCGGAGACUGCCAAGGCCAAGUUUCCAAAGGGAGAAUUCUUCUUCUCCAAGGACUGGGUCGUUGGAAGAGUGCUGGACGAGGCAGCAAGGAGAUUACAGGUCGAGAACGUGAACAACCGGUCAUCAGACGAGAGGGACAAGCUGAGAGUGUUCCAUGUAGAGGGUGGCAGGUUGCUGGAAUUCAAUGAAAAGGUCGGGGCUUCACUGGUCAGUGGUAACACGGUCGUGCUGUUGCGCGGAGUUGGCCCGCCGCCCAACUUGAUGGAGGUUUAA